CCUACUUCGUACUACGCUACCGACCUCCUAAUACCUACCAAAAACACCCAAACUCUCUACCUACCCCCAAGAUUACUUCACUUUAUAAUACCUGACAAGGCCUGAUGCUACCUUCGACGGGCCUAUUGGUCGCUAGGUGCAUCAAUCGACGCCAGGGAAGAUGCAAACCACAAACUGUCCCAUGUUCCUUAUUUGCAGCAUCGACUGAAAUUCACCUUUGAAACUAUACACAUAUAUUCGAUAACGGCCUGUUGAUCACAUAACCCAUACAUAACUGUCUACACAAUGCCAUCUCGAGACUAGCUAUGGCCCUGGAGCGGAAAAGAAGCAUCCGGCAUGUUGGCCGCUCGAGAGGCCAGACGAGUCUAAUUUGGGAGUAUGAAAGCAUGGGUAAUGUGGAGUACUGAGCUGGGAUGCUUGCGAUGAAGUCUGCAGCCAAGAGUGCGACGGCGCUUAUUGCAGACCAACAGCGAAAUAUGAUUGGAGAAUUUGUGCCUAAUUGCAAGGCUAUCGCCAAGCCUCUGUAGAGGUCCAUAGUUUCUCACGAGGAGCUUGGGCCAUUGCAACAUCUGGGAAUAUCUUCAACAGACCUAGCGAGCCCUAAGCGCGCAGAAUCAUCCCAGGCCCGCGGCGGGGUGUUUGCACCAUGAACGGAGCAACAGCCGCAGAGUCAGCCGCGGGGACCAGAGGCACAUCACUUCCUUGGGCUCAUGCUCCUCCUACCCAGGAUCAUAGCUCGCAUGCUACUCCGAACUUCGUGACCAACACACGGGCAUAUGGGUAUCCUGUACUGCUUGAUACAGUGCACGAAGAUGUGCCUGUACCCCCCCUGAACUCGUCAAGCCCAGUCAUGCACGACGACGUACAACCUGCGCUUCCAUAUACCGGGCUGGCAGGUACACCGGCAACAACGACGCCUCCUUUGAGGACAGUCGACACAGGGACCUCUUUGCCCUGGGGCACAGUACAGGAAACAUCACCAGCCACGCCAUCGUUGAGUCGGACAACCACCUUUGCGCAACCUUUACGCCAGGACACGUUACAAGGAAUAUCUCCCACUACGUCGGCACUGAGUCGAGCAACAACGUUUGCACACCCCUUACGACAGUACACAUCAAUGCAAGCGGCUAUAUACGUCGGCCUCGUGAAACCUCCAGACAACAGUUCUGUUUCUGUGGAACCAUUAUGCUCGACUGGAAACUGCACAUUUGAAGCCGAUGACACCGGGGCUGUGUUCCAAACCCUGUCGAUGUGUCACUCAUGUCGAGAUAUUUCAGAUGAGAUCAUUGGGAACGGUGCGUCAGACACGCCAGAUAAUUAUACUUUACCAUCCGGGGGCUAUGGUGGACACGAUCGACUUGCUGUCCUGUACGGCUGAAGAACGAGGUGGCAACAAUUCUGUUUUUGAGUUCGAGUGCAUCAUGAAAAAACGACUAUGGAUUGAUGGAACCGAUUCCAGCCGCUGUUAGCUGUUCCCUGUUACCAUGCGUCAAGACAUAUUCGGCCGUCAUCCAUAACUCUCAGUACAAAGAGUCAGUGCUGUCAACCGAAAUCCUGCGGCCCGGGAAGACCGCAUUCCACCAUGACACAUUCCUGUACCUCGAUUUUGCGACUGUCAUCGACCCAUUGCGGGAUGGUGUUCGAAAGAAAUGCGAGCCGUCGAAGCGCCAAGCGCCACUCACACGCCGGGAAUCGAGGACCAAGAGCUUCUCACCAGCGUUGGAAACGACUUCAGCCAGCGACCGCCAUCUAAGCGCUGGUACGAACCAGAGUGCAUAUGGGGACUCACGUCGAUAUUCCGUUCAGGAUUAGAGCAAUUCAUGGUCGAGAAGAUCAACUUGCAUACACUUGGGCUUCCUACGUCAGCCGGGGAGCCGUGGCUCCGUAGAUCAUUCCAGAACGGUAAUGCCAGUGUCGCGACAUUUGAUAAGGUUAUGGAGGGCUUGGCGCUGGCUAUUUCGGGCCAGAUGCGCUCCGAGAAUGUAACUGCCAAUUACUUCACCCCACCGGUGGCAGGUACGGCAUGGGAGAACGACACCUGUAUUGGUGUGCGGUGGGAGUGGAUCAGUUUCCCGGCGACGUUGAUUCUACUCGAGAUCACGUUACUGCUGGCGACCAUCGACCGAGGCCGCAGGUCUGAAUGGGGCGGGGACUGGAAGUCAUCAUCGCUGCCGCUCCUCUUCAAUGCGCCCUUGAACGACAAAGACAUGGGAGCAUCCAAGAGCCUCAAGGUUGCAGAUAUGGAAGAGAGGGCAUCAUUGCUAAAGUUCAAGCUCGUGCAGGACUCGCACGAGUCCCCAUCGGAAGGCUGGCGACUACACAAGGUUGCCGAGUUACCUCCCCGCAAGAAGAAGUCGCGCAAAGACAAAAAGCUGUCAAUGGAAGCCCAAGAGCCGCGAACUACGGUCGAGCAACCGGAGCCUUUGGAGGAUCAGAGCGAACCGCGCGUUGAAACGAGGCAGAAUACCGUGCCACGCGGUCACGAGUGGGUAUAGGCAUCAACAGAACUCAGACUCAGAUUCUCAGCGACAAUGAGUAAUAUGUAUAUCUUGAAUUUGCUCAAAACUUGGCUGAUGCUUCCUACCUUAUCCGAUCAAGCUUAAUCAAAAAUAAGAAAACAUUUUUUGAGCUAUACUAUGCAUCACUUUACAGCUGGAUCUUGCACGAAUUUUCAAGCCAAGUCUUGUGUUGCAGCUUCUCAUACUCUAAAACGACAUUCUAUACAAGGUACACCGAACUGCAGCCUCUAUAACCCUGAGCAUUCUCAACAAGCUUUUUCUUCCUGUUACAUCGCUGAAUCACUCGCAGUGAGCAGGUGUACAAAGCUCUUUUGCUAGAGUGUGGCAGGUAAGAAAUUGGCAGUAGGAAGAAAAGGAAAAAAAAAAGGAAACCAAGAACCACCGGACCAAGACAAUGAAGCCAAGCUCGAGCUUGAGCAGCGAGCAUGGCGUUUUUUUCUCUCCGUCAAACCAGGCCGAAGAAAACCACUCGAGAGUAAUGACAAGCCCCGAACCGAGAAAGAUCACCAGUUCCGAAGAUGCCAUCAACCGCUUGAUAAUGGAGAAGCCCGCCUCGUG